CUUUCCAACUCUAUGAUUCUAUGAUCCCAAUCCACUGAAUGAUGUGAAGGAGCCCAGGUGAGGCAUCUCAUGCUUUGGGGGAGACAUCAUCUGUAGGUCGGGUCUGAGUCCCUUGCAUUGCAUUUAUGUAUUUUUUUUUAUUUCGAAAAUUUCUAUGCAGUCUCAUAUGAGGAAGCAAUCCCAAGACACCUGACAUGCUGCCAAGCCCAGUGAAUUUCAAUGGACUCAGAAGGGUGUAACUGUUCUUAGGAUAUCACUGCUAGUGUGUCGAAUGUUUUCUGCCAAAGAAUUGCUGUUUACCUGUACAGUAAGGUCGUUCUUGCAUUUUUUUCCUCUUCUCUCUCUUUAGUCUUGGAACAUCUUGACUCCUUUCCUGAAGAGAACCUAUGGCUCUUGCUUCAAGAAAGGUGGCACAUGGCUCAAGACAAUGAAGGCCCUCUCCAGCAGCAAGAAACUGUGGAAGGAUUCGGUGUUGAUCAAAGGGCGUAAGAAAUCACCCGGCCUGCGCUUCCGGUGCAUCCUCGACCCUGUGAAGGUAACUGUGCAGAUGGGUAACUCCAGCGAGGCAAAGGUCUGCUGGCCCAGGGACGGUAAGAAGAAAAAGACCUGCUACUACAGCGAGGGGUCAAGCCAUCAGGACACAGACGACAAGAAGGCCAGCUGGUACAGGACACAGCAACAGCUCCAGAAUAGCCAGUGUAGCUCCCAAGCCUCAGACACGGAAACCCCACAGCCGGCUUGCCCAGCUGGAUCUGUGGCCUCUUGGGUGCGUUUCAGCUUCAGAUCUCCAGAGCGUGCGACGGAGGACGGGAGCAACUCGGCCCGCUACGGGGCUUUUGCACGCAACCACCAAAGGGCCACGGGAGAUAAACAGCAUAGUUUAGAGCUGGCCGGAGAAGGUGCCCAAGGACAGAGGUUCCUGCAACAUUCUGUGGUUUCCAAUGCCGAGCAAGUCACUGCCCACCGUUCGAAUUCUCCGCAGCUCAACAAUCAGUCCAGUGAGACCAACUUUAUCCCCAGCCCCAUUUUACCAGGACCCAGACGAGUGGUCUAUUCUGCUAUGGCUUCCGAUACGGUGUCCAGAACGCAUCUCAACGGCGAGGAUUACGCCUACCCACAUUCUCCUAGAGGUCCCCAGAACCGUCUGGGGCUAGAGUGGCACCGGCGUCUGCCAGUCGCGCAGCAAGCGGAAGUGUACGUCUACCUUGUCAGCCCGUUGCCCCCCAGCCCGGAACACAACCCCGAACAGGCUAACCAUCCCUCCUCAGUAUCCCAGACCACUCCUGGCAAGGACAUGCUGACCAAUAGGAUCUCCUUCAGCCACAGCAGAGGAAGCUCCAGCCAAGGGCCAGCAGGUCAGGGCAGCUCGGAUGGCCACAAGCAACGCAAGAGCAUCUGGGAGAGAAAGCACCAAAGGAGAUCGCUGCAACCAACGUUGGAUUUUGAAAAGCUGGUGGGAAGCAGCGGGGGCGCCAGCCUGGGCCAUCGGGGAGGGCUUGAUGGGGCCCCUCCCACCAUCGCCAACUGAAGUUACUUUCCAAUGAGGCUGGUCACCUGUUAAGCUCCUGGCCCUUGGAAAGCGGGUGAACUGCUUUGGACAGGGGUAGAGAAAUGUCAUUCUCUGUAAUUUCAUUGAGAACCUCUAGGCAUGCGUGGGUCAAAUAAAACCAAGGCAAAGCAGAAAUAUUUCUGUGCUGGAGCUCCAAAGAUAGCACCGAUAGGAUAAAUACACACAUGAUACAUCUCUCAUACAGACUUGGGGAUCUCACCUCAACCCUUCUAUUUUAUUUAUUUGAUUCAAUUCAUAUGCCGCCCUCUCUCCCCGAAAGGGCUCAGGGUAGCUUACAAUAAUAAAACAUAACAU